AUGCCAUGGUUCCAUACACAACAAGCCCCAGUUGAGUUCUGCUGUAAAUCUGUCUCUUUUUACAAUGCAUUGAAAUUCAACUUCCUCAAGUUGAAGUUAAGAACUUUCCCGCUGAACCUAUUAAAUCUCUUCCUGCUAAUCAGUGGCACCUAUCUAGCCGGUGGAGGUUUGUCAGGUGACAUAUACAGGUGGGAGGUUGAAAGCGGCAGAUUGCUUAAGAAGUGGCAUGCCAGUAAUCAGGCUAUUCGUUGCCUGGUAUUUUCUGAAGAUGACUCGCUUCUGAUAUCUGGAUCUGUAGAUGGAACAGUACGAGUUUGGUCUCUCUUCAUGAUAUUUGAUGAUUUGAGAAGCCGGGAAGCAAGCUCGACUUAUGAGUAUAGUUUUACAGAGCACGUCGGCUCUCAUGGGUGUGUAAAUGAUCUCGUGAUUGGUUAUGGAGGGUGCAGUGCAAUUAUAGUUUCAGCAUCAGAUGAUAGGACUUGUAAGGUAUGGAGCCUAUCUAGUGGAACACUACAAAGAAGUAUAUUAUUCCCUUCAAAAAUGAAUGCUGAACAUGUUCUUUAUGCUGGCAGUGAAGAUGGGAAAAUAUUUAUCGUUGCACUUAACACUACAAGAGUCCCUACUAAUAAUCACGGUUCAUAUAUCAUUGAUUCAUUUUCUAACCACAGCAAGAAAGUUACUUGCUUAGCAUAUAGCGCCAUUGAGAAACUUUUAAUUUCUGGAUCCGAGGAUGGAAUAAUUCGAGUUUGGAAUGCCAGUACUCAUAACAUCGUCCGUGUGUUUAAGAAUGCUAAAGGACCCAUAACUAAUAUUCUUGUUCUUAGACAAGAAAAUGACUCAAGUAAUCAUAUGUCUUCCAAUUUACAAGCAGUAUCAAAAAAGCAGGGAUCUCAUAUAUCCCCUUUGGAAAAAUAUACAAAUUCUAUAGAUGAAGACUCAUAA